UCCGUGCGUUAUAUACUCGCCGCCUCGGCAACAACCGGCGCGGCGCGCACUCGUCAGUCACUCGUUCGCUUUCGUCGCGUUCACGUCGUGCGCACCGCGAACGCGCACAAUGUUUAUUUUCGGUUGCGGUUGCGCUGUCGAAUGCAUAAUCGACGUAUAACUAGCAUACCACUAUAACCUAACCUAUAAAACUGAAACAAUCGAAUCGGCUCGUGAAGGUGUUAAGGUUGCGGCGAUUAUUUUUGCUCGGCGUGGUGCGUUGUGUGUGGAAGGUUGGUAAUCGUAACAGUUGUGUAAACACGCGUCGCUAUGCGUUCUUGGAUUACCAUCGUACGACGCAUGUGCUGAGUGCUCGCUGUGUGCUGACUUUGGAUAUUUAUCACAACCCGGAGUGAAACAAAAGUGCAAGUCAUUGCAAUUCGCCAAUAUACAAGAUGACGAACAUGGACCAAGAGCAGCGCGACGCGGUGGGGCACGCGGCCCCAACGAGCGUGCAACACGCGCCCGCACUAAACUACCCCAUCGCCAAGGGUAGUUCCGUCGCCGUCGUCGGUGGUGGCAAAAACGUGCCGCUUGACUUUGAUACGCCCAAACCUGCGACGAUCAAAGCGCCACGUACGCCGACACCCAUCCCGACCACAACCACCACUACCACUCAACCAGCAACCACCCCAGCCACCCCCAAGAAGAACGAGAAGAUCAAACUGCACGAGGUGAACCCGUACCUCACGUGCCUCCUUUGCAAAGGGUAUUUGAUCGACGCCACGACUAUUUCGGAAUGUUUACAUUCCUUUUGUCGGAGUUGCAUCAUCAAAUUCCUACAGGAUAACAGUCAUUGUCCUGAAUGUGAGGUGGUUAUUAAUAAGACCAAACCUAAUUUAAAGCUGGAUAAAACCCUCCAGGAUAUCGUCUACAAGCUAGUCCCCGAACUGUACCUGAACGAAAUGACGCGCCGGCGGCAGUUUUACGCCGGCCACCCCGCCGGGUUGAAAGCGCCCCUGUCGCCAGAGCAACGCGGGGAUGAUACCGAGCGCAUCGUCUUCAACGCACGCGACAAAUUCAGCCUAUGUCUGGAAUACGUCAGUGACGAUUCCACUCCCGGUGCUAUUCUACUACCGCCAAACACCAAUGACUCUUUAGAUGUCGCUACAAUCAUCAACAACAAUACUCUGGACGCUAAAACCAACCCCAAGGAGACCGAAAACAAUAUGCGAAGGUAUCUUCAAUGUCCUGGCAUGUGUCGUAUUGAUGUUUUGAAGAAAUUCGUCAGGAAUAAAUAUACAGUUGAUACGAAUAACUACCAUAUUGAUAUUUUGUAUAAACGCGUUCCUCUACCAGACCACUACACACUUAUAGAUAUAGCUUAUAUCUAUUCAUGGAAAAGGAAUGAACCUAUGAAGUUUUUCUUCCGUAUCACUGAUAUCCAGCAAGUUCGCGACCGUUUCGACUUCUAUGACAAUUCUACAACCACAUCCCCACUACCAACAUCACCACCAACCAAAGACCUCAUCAAACCACCCAGCGAGAGUGAAACAAAAGUGAAAAAAUCAAAAUCCGUGCGGUUUCAUAGUGAUGUAAUGAAGGCUCCGGUUGCUACGAGCACCUCGAUCAAAAUCAAAAGUGAUAAGAGUGAUAAACCGGAUAAAAUUGAUAAACUUAACAACGGUGUGAUAAACGUGCGUGCUUUUACACCCAUGCCUACACUUGCAAAAGAUGCUGCUAUCGAUGUUAACUGUGACGAGUGGUUGAAGAAACAAGUGAAACUCGCCAAAGAACUCAAAAAAUCAAAGAGUAAAGAAGUGAAGAACGCUAUAAAAGAUAUCAAGGAGACGAUUAAAGAUAUCCAGGCGACUAUCAAGGAUAUCAGUAAUAAAAAACCUGUGCUGUUGUCGAGUGCGAAAUUAAAAAGUGAUAAGCGAAUUCAUUAUAAGUCUACUACUAUUGCUCCACGGUUGGAUCAUCAGGUGUCUUCGAUUAAAAAGGAUUUCCCCAAGGUGGAGAUUGAUCCGGAUUAUAAAGUGAAUGCGUUGACUGAGAUUGCCGCAGUGGAUAAAGAACAGUUUCUUAAAUUGAUGUGUCUACAAGCUAAGAAUUCGUCGAAUCCUGCUACGAAUCAAGUUAAUCUAAAAAAUGAUCAAAAUUUAAACCAAAGAAAGACGUCUCCAAUUCCCAUGAGUGGUUCAUCUCCCAAAUCUCCUAAACAACAGGGUCAGAAACGGAAAUUGGCGAGUCCUGUACCAGAUGUGAGUUUAAUCAAGUGUAAACCUGCUAAAGAGCCACUGAAAGAAGUUAAAAAACCUAAGCUGGUGGUUAAGAAACCUCCAAAAGUUGCUAAAAUCCCUAAAAUACCCAAAAUACCGAAAAUUCCUAAGGUUAUUAAACCACCCAAAGUACUGUCUGGUUUUGUACCACCUGUUGUGAUACCUGUUAUUCCUCUAAAACCAAAAGCAGAAACAGAAAGGGUUGUAAACUUAGAAGAACCCAAUUUGAAGAGUUUACUCAACACCUGUAAGAUACCUUCGAGCUUGUCUAUAACCUGUGUGAAUGGAGGUGUUACCGAUCGGGAGAAUCAGAUCAAACCUGUGAUUAAUCACAUUGAAAUCUUGAAAUUACCUGAAGUAAGGGAGGUUAGAGAGGUUGCUUCCCCGGAUAGUACUUCUAUCAAACAAGAACCUAGACAGGUCUCUGUUUCUCUCCCUCCCAGUGAAGAUACAAAAUCAUCUUCUAAGGAAAAGUUAGAAAAAGUUGGUACUACUAUGAAACUACAAAGCAAACAAGAGUCUCUUAAAAAAGAAGAUGUAAAGGAUCCGAUUUGUAAAGAAUCUGAGUUGUCUAUCACCAUCACAAUGGAAAAAGAAGCUGAUAGGAAGGAUAUCAAAGAAGAUAUCAAACUAUCUCCUAGUAUGGGUGUACAUCCGAAUUUACCUAAGGUUAUACAACCUACUCCUACAGGAAGGAAUAUAAAUUCAUUCCAGAAAAUGUUUGAGGAUACAGUGCGGAAGCGUAAUGAAGCAGCGGCGGCAGCUGCAGCCAAGGGUGUUAAUAUUAAUAAAACCAAGGAGACUAUUGUCAUUGAUCCCAUACAGGAUAAUACAAAAAAAACUGAAGAGAAAAAUUCUGCUGGUAAUAAAAGAAACAUCCUCGAGAUUGCUUCACAAUUAUAUUCAAAGAAAACCAAACUAGAACAGGAUCCAUCUACAAAAGAAGUGGAUAUGGUGACUAAUGCCCAAGGAAAAGUCGCGAUCCCCCGCCUGAAGAAACCCGAACGUACCGAAACCCUCUCGAAUCUCCACUCGAAUAAACUAGCCUUGAAUUAUUCGGUUUCCAUCAACCAAUCACCUCAGAAUGAGAAUUUGGUUACUUCUACGACUACAACCAAAAUAGACGCGUCUCCUACUUCCCUUUCCAGGGAAGGGUUGUCUCCUUCACCUAAGUUCAGUAUGAAACAGGGUAGUCCAAGAGGAAAACCUAAGUCACCUCAACCAAGACCUUGUGAUGUUAUGUCACCGAAACCCAUUGCUCCUAAAGGACCAUCAAAUCCACUACCAGGAAAAACAUCAUCAUCAUCUCCGAAGAGUAUUUCCAUGCCUGCUUUAUCCCCAUUAUCUCAUAUGAGUAUGAGUCCACAACCUUUGGCGUUGACUAAACUCCCACAUUCUCCACGUAGUGAUAAACCCCUACAACCCACACCUGCUCUAUCCCCAUCCGGGUUAUCCCCGGCGAAUAAAUUGGACGUUAACCAACUCCAGGAGAAAUACAACCUGCAAAAUCUUGCUCAGUUGAGUGCAAGUUUUAAUUUCCCGGGUGCUUUUCCUCAUCACCCAAAUGGUCAUCAUCAAGCAAUGGCCGCCAUUCAACAAGCAGCGAUGUUAUAUGGAAUUCAACAAACACGUCCGUGGUUUAACAUGCCGCCUGCAAACAUGGAGCAGUAUGAGAAGUUUUUCCAGAGUUUGGGCGCGAAUCAAACCAAAUCCCCCGGUGGUCAGAAUCAUCUCCUUACCAAGGAGAACUGACGAAGUCAAUCGUCAAUUUUCGUCAAUGUUUACCGAUUGGUUAGCUAACUAGCGUACUAGCUUUCUCUGUGGUUGAAUUUAUUGUUGAUUCUUGAUUGAUGUUUUUGUUUGAGCUCUUAUCUAUUAUUAUAAGAUUAUUAUUAUUAUUAUUUAUUGCAAAUGUGUGCCAAUGCUGAUGAAUAUUGGUCCAAAUUUAUAAGGCGUGUAUUUGAAUUAAGUAUUAGUGAAAGAAAUUAGUUUCUUUUUUUUACUAUACGUUAUAUUAUGGGUUUAAGUUCCGAUGGUUGCGUUAGGGGUGCGAGAAACCAACGAGUCGUUAAUUUAAUUUGUUUUGCUGCGAGAGUAUGGCGUAUGACGAAAUGAUAUGGAGAAAUUAAUAUAAUUGUACAGUUAUUGUAAAGAAUUUGCUUAACUAAUUAUUAUAUUGUAUGUAAUUGUAGUCGGACAUUUAUAUUGUAUAUAUUUCGUAAUAUGGAGGAACGUAAAAAAUAUUUAGAAAAAAUAUUAAA